AUGAUCCCCAGGUCUGGUAAGUUUUAUGACCUUGGCUGUGGUUAUGGAUUCAUGACCUAUAUGCUGCACUGGGCGGCCCGUGGCCGGGAGUUUACCGGUGUGGAUUAUGAUGCGGAAAAGAUUGAAGUGGCGCAGCAUAAUUUUCUCCGCGAUGAGCAUAUAAGGUUUGAACAGGGCGACCUGAAUACCUAUGCGUUACAAGCUUGCGAUGGCAUCAUCAUCAGCGAUGUGCUGCAUUACCUGUUACCGGAGCAGCAGCAGGCUUUGAUGGAACGUUGCGUGGCCGCAUUGAAUCCCGGUGGCAAGCUGAUUAUCCGUGACGGGGUUAAAGAGCUGGAAGGCCGCCACAAGGCACUUUAUACCACUUCAUUUGCACAAGACCGCCCGGCACCUUCACCGGAGCAGCGGGCCGAACGGCAAACCGAAAUGAUGGGUCGCAUGCUCAGCCUUACGCCGGAGCAAAAGACAAAGAUUUAUGAGGUGAAUAUCAAAACGGCAAAACAAUCAGGCAAGUUUAGCGGGCCGGCAGAUAGUACCAACUUCCGGGUUAUCCAGGAAGCCCGUGAAAAUGCCUACAAGAAAAUACUGACGGAAGAUCAGUAUAAGAAGUAUGAAGAAACAAAGGCAAGGCGCCAGAUGAAUCGUGGUACUGAACGUCGUGGACCGGUUCCUGGUGCGGAACGCAGCGCGGAUUAA